GGGCGUGAGUGUGGCCGUACCGGUUGGUUUCUCGCCCGCGGAGCUCCCCGGGGCCGUGGCUUUCUGUGCCGGGACUUCCCUCUUCCUGCUUCCCUGCUGCCAUGGAGGGCACCGCCGCCCUCCCUAUCCGCCGGUACCGGCGGGCCCUGGUGGAGGCCGUGAAGGAGCAGCCCUUCCUCAUCGUCACCGGCGAGACGGGCAGCGGCAAAAGCACACAGCUGCCCAAGUACCUCUUCGAGACAGGCCUUGCCAAGCAUGGGGCCAUCGGUGUUACCCAGCCCCGACGCGUUGCCACCAUCUCGGUGGCACAGCGGGUGGCCGAGGAGAUGGGCUGUGCCCUGGGGAGUGUCGUUGGGUACCAGGUCCGCUUUGAUGACUGCACCACUGAGGAUACUGCCAUCAAGUAUAUGACUGAUGGCUGUUUGCUGAGGCACAUACUGGUAGAUCCCCUUCUCAGCAAGUACAGUGUCAUCGUUUUGGAUGAAGCCCAUGAGCGGAGCCUCAGCACUGAUAUUUUAUUUGGCUUGCUGAAGAAGCUGUUUCUACAGAAGAAACCACCAGACAGGAAGACACCCAUGAAGGUGGUGGUGAUGUCAGCCACCCUGGAGGUGGACAAGCUCUCAGAGUUUUUUGGAGACUGUUCAGUACUGCAUAUUCCAGGAAGAAAUUAUCCUGUCAAGGAGAUAUUCUGUAACCUGCUCAGCCCAAGGGAUGUAGGCAGCUCUGCAUAUGUUACUGAGGCUGUAAAAGUGACAUUGGACAUCCACUUAAAUGAACCAGAAGGUGACAUCUUGGUUUUCCUGACAGGUCAAAUUGAGAUAGAAAGAACUUGUGACUUACUUUUCAAGAGAGCAGAGCUGAUUGAUUACCGGUACGAAGUCCACGAUCGGUCUGUUGAAGGCCUGCUCAUCUUACCAUUGUAUGGGUCCAUGUCAACAGAUCAACAGAAAAGAAUAUUUUUGCCUGCUCCCACAGGCAUUAGGAAAUGUGUGGUGUCCACAAACAUUGCUGCAACGUCUCUGACGAUUGAAGGAGUCAGAUAUGUAGUAGAUAGUGGAUUUGUGAAGCAAUUGAAUCAUAAUCCCAGAGUUGGCUUGGACAUACUGGAGGUGGUUCCCAUUUCAAAGAGUGAAGCAAUGCAGCGAUCAGGCCGAGCUGGCAGAACAUCCUCUGGGAAGAGCUAUCGUCUGUACAACAAGGACUUCUGGGAGCAAUGCAUGCCUGACCACACCGUGCCAGAGAUCAAGAGAACCAGUCUGACGUCUGUGAUCCUGACCUUGAAGUGCCUUUCAGUGCAUGAUGUCAUAAGAUUUCCCUACUUGGACCGCCCUGAAGAAAGGCACAUUUUAGAGGCUCUCAAGGAACUUUACCAGUGUGCUGCUAUUGACAGGAGAGGCCACGUGACAAGACUGGGUGAAUUCCUGGUGCAGUUUCCCCUCCCUCCCAACCUGGCCUGUGCUGUCAUAAAAGCGGCUUCUCUUGACUGUGAGGAUCUGCUGCUUCCCAUAGCAGCCAUGUUAUCUGUGGAGAAUGUCUUCAUUCGUCCAGGUGACCCUCAGAAGCAGAAGGAGGCUGAGCUUCAACACCAGGAACUUUCCUCACAAGUGGGAGGCUGCAAUGACUUUGCAACUCUCUUAAAUAUUUUUGAGCAGUGCAAAGCAAGCAAGUCUCCUUCAGCUUGGUGCCAGAAAUACUGGAUCCACUGGAGAGCUUUGAAAUCUGCUUUUAGUGUGGAAAAACAACUGCGGGAAAUAAUCACUAAACUGAAACAGCUUCCAGACUUCCCUAAAGAGACAUUUGAAGGCUCCAGGACAGAAAUACUAAGAAGAUGUCUGUGUGCAGGAUACUUCAUCAAUGUUGCUAGGAGAUCUGCAGCCAGGACAUUCUGCACAAUGGAUGGACAUGGCAGUAUAGUUUAUAUCCAUCCUUCAUCUACACUGUAUAACCAGGAGACUCAGCUCGAGUGGAUCAUUUUCCACGAUGUCACAGUGACAUCCAAAAUCUACGUCCGGACAGUGUGUCCUGUUCGCUACGAGUGGGUCAAAGACUUGUUGCCCAGAUUGCAUCAAAUUGAUGCAUAUGAACUGAGCAGUGUGGCACGGGAAGAAGUAACUGAGGAGGAAAUAACCAAGUGGAAGCAUAAGGAGGACCUUAAAAGGCAGUAUGAAGCAGUCACAGACAACUCUGCAAAGAAGAUGGAGAGAAGAAAUGAUGACAAAUCAAUACUGGAUGCCCGAGCUCGCUAUCUUGAGAGAAAGCAGCAAAGAGCACAAGUUUUAAGUGGAGCAGUGAAAGAAACAGGAUAAUGCCACGAGGAAAGCCAGUUUGGUGCAGUUGUUGAGGGUAUGUUUGCAUAAUGCAGAGUGACAAACUGGAGUGGAGGAGAAACUUCUGCUCUGUGGUACAUUUGAGUGUCAGAGCACUCAAAUUCAAUCUUCCUCUGCUGUAUGUAGCAAGGAAAAGUUACCAAGCUGAAUUUUGUUGCUACAUGUCACUGGCAACACUUUAGCAGCCUACAGCGUGGGUGGAGACAUGAUACUGGCAUGCCAAUUCUGUGGCAUUUGGUUGCCUUAGAAAGGUCUCAGUGGUGUCAGUGCUAUUAUUUAAUAAAAUGUUCUUAAAGUGUUUUUUUAAAGGAGCAGAACUAUCUUUAUCCCUUUUACUUUGUAUGGUUGUUUUCAUGCUCAUACACUACUCAGGAAAAUGGGUAGGAGGUGCCCUUUUAGUGACAAAACCAUGUCAUAGUUUAAUCCCAGCUGGCAACUAAGCACAGCCACCAGGAUCUAAAUUCAAAAUGAGUUUUUUCAGCUGCAUUCUGUGUUGCAUGCAGUGUUGUUUCUACUCUGGGUUAUGCUGUGCAGUGAUGUUUGUAGGUGAAGGCAUCUCCAUGCACAACGUGUUCUGUAAAUGUCUUCACAUUCUUGCUAACAAUGCAUAAUUUUUAUCAGGGAUGACUUAGUGUUGUGUGUUUUCCAUCUGGCUUUAAAAUAAACCCAACCAAGCCAGCAGUUAGUCAAGUGCUCAGCCAGGCUGCAUCCUGCAGUCCGUCAGCAGGCCUGCUGCCUCCUGGGCUGUUUGUCUCAGUUUCAUAGCUGUUGUUUUUCAAGCACAUGGAGUUUGCUCUGGAGGAGAAGUGUUUCAAAUGUGGAGAAAGAAUCAAUAAGGACAUCUUGGUGUUUUUCCUUGACCCAGGUAUGUAACAGAGAAAAGUGCAGUGUUGCUUUGUCAUCAUAAAGUUUGUUUCCUUCUCACAAAGAGGUAAUCUCUUACUGUCACCUUAAUAAUCCUAAAAUGUUGCAGUGCUCUAGUGUGGAGCUUGUCCCUUUUUUGGGGCCAUUUUCAAUGAGUAACAUUUUCAUUUGAGACAAUGUCCAAGAAACUAAGAGAACCUACUUGCAUUUUUCAUGCCUCAGUUGUGUGCAACUUAUGUGUUGCUUUUCAGGUAACUAACACAGUUAAAGUGAUGUAGUAAGGGAGCCUUAGCACUUGAUGUAUGACAUGAAACAUUCCAGCUCCACUGCACAGGCUGUAGCUGAUGGCGGAUGAUGUAGCACGGGAGCAGGCUGCCCAGAGAGGUUGUGGAGUCUCCUGCUCUGGAGAGAUUCCAAGCCUGCCAGCACAUUGUGAUCCUGGGCAACCUGCUGUAGCUGACCCUGCUCUAGCAGCAGCGGGGAUUGGACUGGAUGAUCUCUGGAAGUCCCUGGGAUUCUGUGAUAUGCUUACAAAACCUGUAGAAAAUGAAUGAUUGAUAAUACUGUUCUGCAUAAAGAAGGUAGCAGCUCUGAUGCUUGUCCCUCUUUUUGUGAUUGUACCUAUUAGAAGGAAAAAGCUGAGGCUGGUAUCUGGACUUGCUGAGCUGAGGGAAGCAGCAGCUGUUGUGGAGAGGCUGCGGCAGUGGCCUCUGGCUGCCCUGCAGGGCUGGGUGCUGCUCACCAGGCUAUAAGAGGCUUAACUCGAGCAGCACCACAGCUGUCAGUGGAGAUGGCUGGAGCCAGCACUGAUGUCAAGUGAGUGCCAGCCUUGGAGUUCUGAGCUGCAGAAUUGCUGCCUCCUGCCUCUUCUCAGUGUGCAGAGCACAGGAACAGCAGCAAAAUGAAUGCUUUCCUCGUUGUGAAGGGAGUGUGUGAAUCGAACAAUUGCUGGUUGUGAUCAAUCCUUGUAGGAAGUGGCAUGUUUACGAGUCCUCUCUCCUUGGGCUCUUUAUCCUGUGUUCAGAUGGAAAAGGGUUUUGUUCUUUCUUGCUGUUGCUCAGACCCUGCCUUGGAGAAGCCAGCACUUUUCUUUGACUAAACCCAUUGCCUGAAUUUUGCAAAAGCCCACAAAUUAUUGCUGUUGACUAUGAUUUGUGUUCUCUUUGCAUUGUCAUAGCCACUUGCAAAUCAAAUGACAUCAGCACCACAUGCUAGGUCUGAGAUCAGUAGCUACACCACCCACUCUUGCUCAGGGCUACGUAUCUCUUGGCUCCCAAAGCUUUACUAUGUCAAAUUUUCUGAAGGGAGAGGUUUUUCUACCUCUGUUUCAGGGCUGCUCAGAGCUUUUGCAAUCGUGAAUUUGAAGAUCUAGCAAAACUUAUGGGAGGAAGUAAGUAUGGCAGUGCAAAAGAAGGCAAGCUCUAAGCAAAGCAGGGGGGAGGUUUGUUGGGGUGUCUGUCUUACAAGACAGUCUGUUCAUAAACCCCGGGAAAUGCUGUGGUCAUCAAAUCAAAACAGUUAAGUUUUACUAGUUUCUGUGGGCUGGAGUUACAUUAAGUUAAUAAACAUAGAAGGAAAUUUGAA